GCAGGUUGUCGAAGUGGGGCGAACGAUUAUUUUGAUUGUCGGUAUAAAUCGUAUAGAUAGAAUAAUUGGCUGCAUGAAACAUGCAACAUGAACUGAGUAGCGACAGUAACAAAGGCAACUUCGUCCAGUAGAGGUAGGUCCCGUUUUGUCACCUGUAAACAUUUACAGGGAACUGUGGCAGUCGCGACAGUUCCAGCUGGUUCCAGCUACCACAUCUGUCAUUCCGAGACUUACCCGGAAUUUUUGCACCCAACCACGUGAAGUUUCGCUCCACGAAUAGCACAGCGACGCAAUAAUUAAUUAUUAAUUGCACAGCAUAUGUCCGUUAAAUCGACAUCAAGGAAUCAUUGAAUUUUUAUAGAAAGAAGAAAGGAAAGAAAGGGAAAAAGAAGGUCAAUGAGUACCAGCUUCGUAGGGAUUUAAGGAAACAAGCACACAGAAGAGAUACCGAAUUGGAUGAAAAGAUGGAAAAAUCUAAACAGGAGGUAACGCAAUAUCCCGAAGAAAUCAGACUUGGCGGCAUCGAGGGUGGCGGUACUCAGUCCACCCUGGUCAUUAUGGAUGGGAAAGGGACACCGCUGACGGAAAUCAAGGGGCCGGAAACUAACCACUGGGCUCUAGGUAUGGAUGAAACCGCCGCUAGGAUCAACGCGAUGGUCGAAAGAGGAAAGGAGCAGUUGGGAAUCCCGGAAUCGGUUCCUUUAGAUAGCUUAGGUCUUUGUUUAAGUGGAUGCGAGGAGGAGGAUACGAAUCGUCUUCUCGAAGAAACGAUACGAACGAAGUAUCCGAAUGUAGCAAAGAACUAUUUUAUCAGUUCAGAUACAUUGGGUAGCCUGAGAACCGCCUUGGACACAAGCGGUAUUGUUUUGAUCGCUGGCACUGGUAGUAACGCGCUGAUGAUUAAUACCGACGGAAAAGUUGUCGGAUGCGGAGGUUGGGGUCACAUGAUGGGAGACGAAGGCAGUGCUUACUGGUUGACAUAUCGAGCCUGUAAAUACGUAUUCAACGACAUCGAUGGCCUUAUUCCCGCUCCUGAACCGAUCAGCUACGUGUGGCCGGCUCUUAGGGUAUUUUUCAAUGCAUCGGAUAGGAAAGACAUGUUGCAACAUCUCUAUGUGAAUUUCGAGAAAAGCAAAUUCGCAGGCUUCGCCAAGCAGAUCGCGAUCGGUUGCGAGGAAAAAGAUCCGCUUUGUAUACAUCUGAUGAAGGAAAAUGGGGUGUUACUUGCUAAGCAUGUCGUGGCUCUAGCGAGGAAAGCCCAUAGUACACUGAAAUUAGGCCAUGGUGGUCUGCAAAUUAUCUGCGUUGGAUCAGUUUGGAAAUCAUGGGAACAUAUGAAGGAUGCUUUCCUCAAUGAAAUUCACGAUUCGAACGUUAUAGACGAGCUAACGUUACUUCGUUUAACAACCUCGGCGGCUGUAGGCGCCUGUUACGUCGCCGCUGAAAAAAUCGACUGGGCAUUCACAAAACCGUACAAGGAUAACGUUGAAACAUUUUACCAUUAUAAUCGAAAAAAUUAUGUAAAGCCAGUGGUGAAGAUUGAAUCGAAGCCGAUAUUAGUACUUUGUAAUACCGCCAAAGAGAGUUGAAAUACCGGAAACCAAAAUUUUCGAGGAAGUUCUAGUGUACAGCGUACAAAAUGGAAGUUGCAGAAUUAAUACCAAGAAAACGACUCUAUAUUAUAAUACACGCUGUUAUCCUGAAAACAUGAAAAUAAUAUAUUUUGUACCUAUUUUUUAUAUGAGCAUGAAAGGAAA